GCAACUUAGUUGUCUAAAUGAUUUAAACAAACAGAACUGCAACGUGGACAGUGUCUACUCUCGUUUUUUAGGGACAAGUUCGUGAAAGAACAUCGAUAUCAAUAUUUGUUUACACAGUAACAGUUCUAGUCGUGAAAAACAAACCUUUCUAGUCAACUUAAAGAACUAAGUUUCAAAAUGGAUUUUUUAUUUGGUGAGAUUAGAAAUUUGGUGAAAAAGAUCAACAGAGUGAGUAAUGGUCAAGCUAAAAUUGUUGAAAUGGGUGACUUUAUGGACAUCAUCCAUAUUGAAAUAUCACCAAAUGAUGGUCUUUAUAAGGGUGCUUCUUUUCUUUUUAAGAUCCGUGUGGAUCCAUACCAGAAGACAGAAAGUCCAACAGUGUUUUGUAUGACUCCAAUAUACCAUCCUAAUAUAGACACAUCUGAUCUGGAAGACUUACUACCUGUUGAUGAUAAUGACUUCAGCACCAAUGCUUGCUUAAACAUGUUUGAUAAUUGGCAACCAGGCUAUGGUUUAGAUGGUAUGAUCAAUGGUCUUCUGUUUCUUUUCUAUCAUCCAGAAAUUGAUGAUCCUUUAAGUCCCUAUAUCAGUCCUGGGAUGAGCUAUGAAGAGUUCUCUGAAAAUGUUCACAGAUCUUUACUGGGAGAAGAAGUGGAUGGUUUUUUCUUUGAGAGGAACUUGUGUGACAAACAGUACGAGAUUCUCCGAAAACAAGUUGAUGAUCUAUCUGAACUAAAAAUAGAAAAUCAAGAUCCUGCU